UCCUCAGUCACAGUCUCCUGCUCCAGGCUUUCUUCUCCCUCUCCAGGAGGAUGCUGGCAGUGCUGGGCUGUCCAAGGAGGUUUAAGGAGGCUCCUGAGAGUGCGGGGGCAGCAAGCAAAAGGACUGUCCCAAAGGAGGCACCGAACACAUGAGACCAGUCUGGUUCCAGUAGACCAAGUGUCAUCUGGACACAGGAGAUCAAGUGUGACCUGGACUCAGGAAACCAAGCGUAAGCUGGAAACAGGAGACAAAGAGUGAUCUAGACCUAGGAGAUAAAGUAUGAUCUGGAUCCAGGAGAUCGUGUGAUCUGGGGAGGAUUUCCACAGCUGAGGAAGAGCUUUGUUUGAAGUGACGUGGAGUAUUUUUGAUGGUGAUGUAGUAGAUCACUUGGACCAUAGUCUGGGAUGUACAGAAGACUUUGUGCUUCGUCUCAUAAGGAUACAUGUUCCUGGUUAUGUUGAGGAAUGCCACAGCUUGCUUAACUUCUGAGGGUACUACCACUACUAUCUGGAUAUCUCUCCAAACAGCUUCCUGACACAUGAUUACAGCCCCCAUCAGGCAGAUAGACAUCACUGUGGAAUUUAUUGCUGAUUAUUUCAGACACUUUAGAGCCUUCAGGGUCUUAUGAAAAUCUUUGCAAUCAGCCCUGGACUGACGUGUUCUGGACCGGUGGUCUCUGUGUUGGAGUACACCUCGUCAAGUGUGAGAAAAUCGGAGACCAGUUAAGGUGUCUUCUGCUGAUGACUCCUGGUCUAUGAUGUCAUUGGAUUCUUCCCAUCUUGUCCAUUGUAAUUAAUGUCUCUACAGUUGAUCACCGUUAUAACGAUGAUGAUGAAAAGGUCUAAUAUGUUGUGUUUUCUAACCUACCUACUGUAUAUCAGUGGAGCCUACGCCACUAACUACCCUCCUCGAUAUAACCUGUACACAGGGGGUGCUGCCCCCCAGGGACAAGUGAUGACAGCGCAAGGGAUGACACAGCCCCAGAAUGGACUGCGGGCUGCCAGUCGACACAGGAACUGGUGUGCUUAUGUCGUGACGCGGACGAUCACCUGUAUGGUGGAAGAUGGAGUGGAGGCCUAUGUAAAGCCUGAGUAUCAGCCAUGUGUCUGGGGUCAGAUCCAGUGCCCUCGCACCGUCCUGUACCGCAGCUACAUGCGACCCCGAUACAAAAUAGCCUACAAGACCGUGUCAGACAUGGAAUGGAAAUGUUGUCAUGGAUAUUCAGGAGAUGACUGCACAGAGGGACCAGCAAAUGGAGCACAGGUUACAACCACUAGACCAAGGCCAAGACCUGUAAGACCCAACUUUUCUGGAUCCAGUGGAGGAAGUCAUCUAAGUGGAUCUGGAGGUGAGGGUCAAGGAGACUCUGAAAAAAUGAAGCAACUGGAGGACAAGGUGCAACGUCUGACCAAGGAACUGCAGAGUUUACAAUCUUCAUUGCAAGGGAUGAAUGAGAAGUUUCAGUCUGAGAUUCGUCUGACUGUGGAAAAUGUGUUAAAUGGGAAGCAGCCAGCAGAUUCUGCCUCCAGCCAUUCUGACAUGUCGGAAAAACUCAAUGACAUUCAAACCCUUCUGACAAACUUGGACAGGAAGGUGAAGGACCAUGAUCAAGAGCUCGGAAACCUGAACCACAACAAGCCAUCAGGCAGCUCUGAGACCACUACAGACCUCAGAAGGGACAUCUUACUAGAAGUGGAAAGAAGGAUGCAGCAAUCAUGUUCUGCAUGCCUCUCGGGAGUGGAGGGCUUCCGUGAUCGACAAAAUGAAGACAGGGACCGCAUACGGGGGCUGGAGAAACUUAUCAAUUCUGUGGACCAGAGAAACAAAGAAGCUGUGCAGAACAUCCAGUCGCAUGUGGUGGAGCUGACAACACGGCUGCCAAAGGAUUGUUGUAUGGAAGUUGCAGAUUUGCGCAGAAGAGUAGGUGAGGCCGAAAGGAGAGGAGACACCUUGUCUGGAUCUGUGGUUGCACUAACCGUCCGUCUAGACAAGGAACUAGGUGAAGGUAACUACAAUGAGAUCAGCCAUGUCGGCACUAAGCUCGACAGCCGCCUGUCAGACAUUGAAGGGCGAAUGAACACUACAAAGAGGACCUUAGAGGAACAUUAUUACCACUACAGAGAUGAGAUGAAAAAUUAUUUUGAGGAUGAGAUUGAUAAACUGAAAGAUGAUCUGAAGAAUCGUAUUCAAGGCAAUGACUACAAAAUCAACAUCCUGCUCACAGAGCUGGGCAACAGUUCUGGCUUCCGAGACCUGACUGAGCAAAAGAUGCUGGAUUUCUCUAAUGAUAUUAACUCCCUAAAAGAUCGGGUUGGAAAGAACGAAGAUCAAAUAAGAAAAGUUGGUGCAGAUGUCCAGAUCCUGAGCAGCCAGGUGACAAGCUCCGUCCACCAUUGCAGAGACCAGUGCAGCAAGCAGAAUUCGGACGUGACCCAAGUUGUUUCUGACUUAGAGAACAGGGUGAAGCAGAACACUGUCCAAAUCCAGAUUGUCCAUUCUGGUAUCACUCAGCUGACAGAAUCAGGCAGCAAGAUGCAAGGGACACUUGACGACUUGGAUGAUGAGCUCGGCAAUGUGAAGAUAUUUGUUGACGCCAGCGGUGAGUCCUUCACAAAGUUAUUCAAUGACCUAAAAGAUUCCCAGGACAGAUUUACAGCCACCAUCCUGGAUGAUCUGGAUAGGUUUGAUGUGAACAUAGCUCAGUAUCAGAAUGACACUAACGGGAAGUUGCUAGACAUGGAGAAUGAUAUCGCCACUCUUAAAAAGAUGAUACAGUUUGACUACAGGAGCUGCGGGCAGGUGUGCUCCAACCUGCAAGAGGAAGUGGGCAAACUAAAGGAGCAGGUGGACGAGUGCACGGCCACAUGUCAGGCUAUUCACAGGAAAGCUGAAGAGGGCCUGAGCGGCUCCAAUAAGCCUCUUGAUGGCUUUACCGUUUUUGGAGGAAGCUCAAGUGGAGAUCUGAAGGAUUUACAGGGAGAACUUUCAAGCAUCAUUGUGACCUUCUCAUCCUUAAAUGACAGUGUGAAAGAUCUACAAGAAAGUGUGGAGAAACAUGAGACGGAUAUCCAUGACCUGGGGACAACCAAGCACAAACUCAUCUCGGAGAUUAAUAAACUUCAGGAGGAGGUGACUGAGCACAUCAAAGACAACACUGAGAGGUUCCACCUCUUCCAAAAAGAAAUCAACAGUUUUGGCAGCAUGGUAAUGGAGGAGACCCAGGAGUGCAGGCGUUCUUCAGGAGGACUGGAGGACAGAGUCUCUAAGCUGGAGAACGUGUGCCUCAAGCUUGAUACAGUCUCCGGUAGCUUGCACAAGAUCAAGGAAUCCCUCAACAAGCAUGUUUCUGGCCUGUGGAACUGUGUGCAGGAGGUGAACAGCACUCUCAGGACCCACACCGCCUGGUUUGAUAAGCUUCACAAUAAUCAGCUCAACAACAUUAAUGGCAGACUAAAUAAUCUGAACAACUCCAUGCUGAUCCUCUCUUCUGAGUUCCAGAACUUCACUGUCCAGGACUUUAUGGGACCCCCAGGUCUGCCAGGUCCACCAGGACCAAUUGGAAGAACAGGGCCACAAGGUCCAGCGGGGCCACAGGGACCACCUGGGAAAGAUGGCGCUCAAGGAAAGGAAGGACCUGUUGGACCACCAGGACUUCAAGGAGAACAAGGUCCCAUCGGCAUGCCACCUGACGUUCCUCAAAUCUCCUUCUCGGCUGCUCUCACUUAUCCAUUAACAGAACCUGGAACUAUUGGAUUUGACAAACUGCUGGUAAAUGAUGGAAAUGCCUAUGACGCCUCAACAGGUGUAUUCACCGCACCUGUGGCGGGUCGAUACUACUUCAGCGCCAUUUUAACUGGCUACCAAGAUGAGAAGAUUGAAGCCGUCCUCUCCAAGUCCAACACAGGCAUUGCACGUGUGGACUCAGCAGGCUACCAGCCUGAGGGCCUGGAGAAGAAACCCCUGGUGGAAAACAAGACGCCCCCUGGUGCCUUGGCGGUGUUCAACAUUAUUCUGCAGCUGAAUGCCGGGGACACCAUCUGUAUUGACCUGGUGACGGGGCGUCUGGCUUAUUCUGAUGAGCCCCUGACAAUCUUUAAUGGAAUCCUCCUAUAUGAGGGGGAAGCAGACUUGGAAUAGACCACAUUGGUUCAGUCCUUCUGAGGAGCUCAGAAGAGGAAGGACAAAAAGUCUUCUUCAUCAUUUAAAAAAACUUUUAGCUGUGACAACUAUAAGGGCUCAAGAGGAAUAUGGAGGACCUUGUGCCCUCAGACACUAAGCCCUCGAGACCACUGCAAAACAUCAUCUGCACCAAGUCUGUGUUAUCAGUAUUAACACCACAAUGUACCUCACUUGUCGUAACCCCCAUGAUAAACCACUUACAGAUGUUACCCCAUAACUACGACCCUCACAGCUCGAUGAUCUGAGAUCGAGUGACUGUCCAUCCAUAUAUAUGGGAACGUCCGUGCACCUGAUAUCGCUAUUCAAUGGAGCCGUAGUCACCUUGAUUUCCUGCUGGGGAGACACCUGGUGAGGAAGUGAAGACCUACUAAACCCCAGAAUGGGAGGAGGUCACAGAGAUGCUUCUGCAAUCAGUGUUCUUGUGCAUGGUCAUCACAAGAGUCAUCACUGAGAGGUUGCAGCUAGGUACCCCACUUGGUCAAAGUAAAGUGACACAUGCAGAGAGUGGACCCCCAGACUUGAUAUCAGAAGGGUUCUCAGCUCAUGGACCCUCUGUCUGUCAUCAGAAAACUCUUUUCCAUAAAAAUACAGUGGUGAAGAGCAAAGAAUGAAUACACAGUAAACUGGUUGACUCAUUCUCCUUGUGUAGACAAAGAGGAUAUGUAAGUUUGAGACCCCACAUGACUCCAGCCCUAAAUCAAUGAAAAGGACGUAUCGACCGUAGUUAUGAGUUACACAGCCAAGGCCCGAACACUGCAGCUUUUCACUCUGCAUAUGUAUAAGACUGGGACAUGAAUGACUGAAGACCACAUGUAGAGUAACCUGAUUACACAGCAGAAGACAUAGCGCCUCACGCCCACACACACUGUGCACCCCACACAAUACUUCUACCUAUUUAUAUAUUUAUAAAGCAUGAGCCCUUAUUCUCCUCUUCUGUCCCUGGAUAAAUCAUGGUCACCUGGCCCUUCCACGAGGCUCCUGGGGACUGAACUUGUCUCAUUAGCUGUUAACACCCAACUCCAGUCAUCACCCCACGUCAGGACAUCAAAGCCAUAAAUUAGGGAAGCGAGGAGUUUCACAAUCCGCCAGACUUUUUGGCAAAAUGCCACAAAUGGCAGGGUGGUAAUAUAGAGGCCGAUCGAUGAGGUAGAUGGUGGAUGUUGAGAUAGAAGUCAAGCAAUGAGGUAGAGGCUGAGGGAUCAGACAGAGGCCAAUCUAUGAUGUAGAGGAGAAAGUGAGGUACCGUAGAUCCCAGAUGAUGAGAUAGAAGUCAAGCAAUGAGAUAGAGGCCAGCUUAUGAUGUAGAGGCAAAGUGAUGAGGAAGAGGCAGCCUGAUGAGGUAGACAUCAAGUGAUGUAAAAGGAGAGGGAAAUGACCUGCCCAAGACUACGUCAUCUCUGAUGUCAACAAGAACUACAUUUCUCCAGUAUUUUCCUAUACAAAAGUCCUAAACCAGGCAGACUGUACAACAUGCCCACUGUCCCUGUGAUAUGCAGACAACACUGUACAAAACCUUUAGGCAGGUGUGGGAAAAUUCCCCAAAGUAAGAAUGGUUUCAAAAAUAGAAGUUUCAAUAGUGUAUUUUUUAUUAAUAAACAAAAUGCUAAGUGAAUGAAGAAAAGAGAAAUCUAAAUCCAAUCAAUACUUGGUGUGCCCGCACUUUACCUUCAGCAUCAGUUCUUCUAGGUACACUUGCACACAGUAUUUUAAGGAGAUCGGCAGGGAGGGUGUUCCAAAAAUCUUUGAGAACUAACAAAGGAUCCUUUGUGGAUGUAGGCUUGCUCAAAUCCUUCUGUCUCUUCAUGUAAUCCCAGACAGACUGGAAGAUGUUGAGAUCAAGGCUCUGUAGGGGCCAUAGCAUCACUUCUUUGUUCUUUUUUAUGUUGAAGAUAGUUCUUAAUGACAUUGGAUGGAUGUUUGAGGCCCUUGUCCUGCUGUAGAAUACAUUUGGAGCCAAUCGGAAGCCUCCCUGAUGGUAUUGCAUGAUGGAUAAGUAUGUGCCUAUAUUUCUGAGCAUUGAGCACACCAUUAAUCCUGACCAAAUCCCAAACUCAGCUAAAACGCAGACCCAAAAUUGCAAGAAACCUCCACCAUCUUCACUGCUGCCUGCUGAUGCUCAUUAUUGUACCACUAUUGGGCAGACUAGAUGGGCCAAAUGGUUCCUAUCUGCCGACACAUUCUAUGUUUCUUCAGACCUUUGGUGAAGAAAUUGUCUACUGUUACAGCCCAGUUUUUCACAUUGUGACUCAUCAGUCCAGAGCACCUGUUUCCAUUUUUCUGCACCUCAUUUUUUAUUUUUUCGGGCAUAGCUGGGUUGCUUGGCCUUGUUCCCAUGUCGAAGGUAUGGCUGUUUGGCCACAAUUCUUCCAUGAAGACCACUUCUAGACAGACUUCUCCGACAGUAAAUGGGUGUACCUGGGCACCAUUGGUUUCUGACAGGUCUGAGCUGAUGGCACUGCUAGACAUCUUGCAAUUUCAAAGAGAAUUAAGCAUGAUGUUUCUUUGAUCUGCUGCACUAACUUUCCUUGUAUCUAUGGUCUUCAGUGUUGCCUGUUUCGUUGUGGUUCUUUAAAGGGCUUGAAUAGCACAUCUUGAAAUACCAGUCUGCUCUGAAAUAUUUGCCUGAGAGAGACCUUACCCAUCCAGUAUAACUACCUUGUGUCUUGUUGCUGCACUCAUUCUUGCCAUGAUGUAUCACCUCGACUUGAAACUGUCUUCUACAACCUCGCCUUUGUAGCAGAGUUUGGCUGUUCCUCACCAAGUUCCAAGCCCUCUUCUCAGCUGUUCCUGUGAACAACUUUGUUUCAACAUCCAUAUAAAAAUGAAGAUUAUUAUCAUGUAUGUGGUAUAAUUAGUUAAUCAUACACCUUCAACAUCCCUGUAUUUGUGCAAAUAUACUUAGAAGAAUUGAUGCUGUUUUGAAGGCAACGGGUGGUCACACCAAAUAUUGAUUUGCUUUAGAUUUCUCUUUUGUUCAUUCACUUUGUUAAUUAAAAAAAUAAACUAAUAACACCGUUUUUUUUUAAGGCAUUUUUUUCCAAGCCUGCCUAAAAUGUUUGCGCAGUAAUAUAUAUAUAUUGGAUAGGCUUGAAGCCCAGAAUGUGUUGAGAUGUCCUCCAUAAUGCUGUUGCAUCUACAGCUAUUAAAUAAAGCAGGAUAAUGUUUUUGGAUGGGGCAUGGAUAAGAGAGGUCACACUUUGUAAGAUGCACAUGCUCUACAAGCAAAGGGGGACAGGUCCUACAAGGGUGGGGUGACUCUAUAAGAGAAGGAUGGCAUGCUCUAUAAGAAAAGGGAGGAAUGCCCUACAAGGAAAAGGAGGCACAUUCUAAAAGGAAAGGGAAACAUUCUCUACAAAGCACUGGGUUUUGGGUUCUUGUCUUUGGCCCUUCAUCUUAAAUUAUGUGAGGUCACCAAUGUCUCUGACAUAAAAGUGAGAGGUCAUGGCUCUGCUGACAAUACUUUCUCUGUGGUCAUUUCUCACCUUCACUCAGCGCUGGCCAAAAUGGCCUCAGAGUAAACUCGUCACACUCCCUAGGAGCAACUGUGCUUGUGUGCUGCCAUUUUAUAUUUACUUUUUAUUACCCCCCAAAAACCAGUGAAGAGGAACUUCUGAGCCAGGAUCUACCGUGACCUGAGAACAAGUUUCUUAUAAGCCGGAUGUCAUGAUGUUGAGCCAUACUCUUAUUAUUACCUUUUAAUGUAUAGAUUUGGAUUUUCAAUAAAGUUUAUUGUUUAAAAAAAAAA